AUGACUGGGAUCACGACGGAAGAUUUGGUGCUGCGUCUGCGUGAACUCUUACUUCAAGAGCAUCACAAGCAGCAGGCUAGUUACCCGCUGGAAACGACAGUCGCAACCGGAUCUCAAUCGACGUCUGAUCUAUGGAAAACGGCCGCCGCAACAACCGCAACGGCCGUCACUUCCGCGAUGAACGGUAGCGUUUUUCAGAUGGCCAGCCGAUCACCGCCUACAUCAUCAGCAGUCGGACACACCAACAGCAGCGGCAGUAUCAGUCAGGCUAUUCUCAAUGUCCUCCAAGGUAUCCGCCCACGUCAGCAAUUGGAUUGGGUGACGGAUGAGCACGGCCCCUCUGUGUGGAGCUCGGCCAACUGGACGUUUCCAGACUUGGACUUGACAUCGUUUAUGGAGGCGGACUUGGAUGGACUGGGCGGCGGUAGCGGCGGCUCCGACUUGUCCUAUCAUCGUAGCGUUGGUUUAAAAACUGCCAUCAUCGCCACAGCCUACGCCUUGGUGAUGGCAAUUUCACUUUUCGGCAACCUACUCGUCUGCUACGUCGUCUUCCGACAUCGACGACUCCAGCGAAGUAUUACUUACACAUUCCUGGUGAAUGUGGCGCUAUCCGACCUCCUCAUGACAUGUCUCAACAUACCAUUCAGCGUAUCGCGCGUCUUACUCGAUCAUUGGCCGUUUGGCCAAUUCCUCUGUUCGUUGGUGCCCUUCAUUCAAGUCAUGAGUGUCUACGUUUCUUCGUUGACAAUGGCUGCGAUAGCUGUCGACCGAUAUCGAGUUAUUUUGACGCCCUUGAAGCGUCGAUUAAGGCCCCCGCACGGGCUCGUCAUCAUGGCCAUCCUCUGGAUUCUGGCCUCAAUGGCAGCGCUGCCCUACGCUCUCUACAGCGAGGUCGUUCCCAUUUUCACCUAUAGGCCUCUGAGACGCUGCCAAGCGAGGUUUCCAACUCCGGCACUGGAAUUCCGGCGAUAUUUGACGUUGAUCACCUUUGCCACUCAGUACGUCAUCCCGUUGGGCAUUUCCGGACUGGCCUAUGGAGCUAUCGUCCGACGACUGUGGAUGAGAUCAUUCGUAGGUGCCGUAACGGACAAUCAGCGGAUACGACAAGAUCGUGCCAAACGCAAAACAAUUCAAAUGUUACUAGUGGUCAUAUCAUUGUUCGCCCUCUGCUGGUUGCCACUGAACGUUUACCAUUUGGUGAGCGAUGUUGGGGCGUCCGAAUCGGCCACACGCCAUAACUCGACGGCCUUUUUGAUUUGUCAUUGGCUGGCAAUGUCGUCCGUUUGUUACAACCCGUUUGUCUAUUGUUGGCUCAAUGCCAACUUUCGCGACGCCGUCCAAACGUGCGGCAGGUUAUGCAUGCGCAGCGUCUGGUUCCGACGGACUCGUAAGCAGCAGCCCAGCAUUAUUAUGCACAAUACGACAGCCGUACUCCACCGACAACAUCAAGAGUCUACGUCUAACACUAUUACGGGUCUCAUCAUCACCACUACGCCAGCCAGGCCGCAGACUUUGGUCGAUUCUGUUCAGCUGAUUGAACAGCUCCAGCUACUCGUCCCGGAGAAGCCGUCUCAGCUAACCAUCAACGACGAGACUUCCCUGGUGUAAUAAAGCUUUCUUUCCUUAUUACUUCCCUUUCUACAGUAUGUAUACAAUAUAAACAAUUAAUCAGAA